AGUUCAAACGUCGCCAGUAUUAUUUUAGAUCGUGGCAGGGAAUUAAAGGAAAUUUAGGAUUAGGGUUUCUUCCCGACGCCGGACAGGAAUUUUAAUCGAAUUGCGGUGCAUCGGCGCGCUGUAUUCACUCGCUCCAUGGCAACGAAAGCCUCGUCGGUGGCAAAGCAGCAGCAGCAACCGCGUGUCGCGGCGUCAGGCCAGACUGGUCUCCGGAAACCGGUAUUUGUUAAAGUGGAAGCGCUCAAGCCGGGGACGAGUGGCCACACUCUGACGGUGAAGGUGGUGAGUGCAAACACCGUUGUCAGUAAGAAGCCUCGGAAUCCGGUUUUGCGUGGUGCGCAGAACCAGAGCACGAGGAUAGCCGAGUGCCUCGUCGGCGAUGAAACCGGGACGAUUCUCUUCACCGCACGUAAUGAUCAAGUGGACCUGAUGAAGGCAGGCAACACUGUGAUACUUCGGAAUGCAAAGAUCGACAUGUUCAAGGGAUGUAUGAGGCUUGCGGUGGAUAAAUGGGGCCGUAUUGAGGUUACUGAUCCCGCAAAGUUUAUUGUCAGAGAAGACAACAAUCUGUCCCUAGUAGAGUAUGAGUUGGUUAAUGUUGUUGAAGAAUCCUGAAUGGCCUAUAUUAUUUGCGUACAAAUUUCUUGAAUUGGUUGGGUCAGGUCGGGUCGGGUCAGGUCAUUUAUCUUCUUUCUUAUUCUUCUUCUUUAUUGAGAUAGGUAGUCUUGGCCUAAUGGUUUUGUGGAGAAGUAGGAUUUCUCUUUGAUCCUAUCAUUUUGUCUCUCUACAAAGCCUACAUUGUGAAUAAAAUACAGUUUGGUGGUUUACUUUAUUA